UAAUGGAUCCAGAGAAUUGCAGGCCACUGGGUUUCUUGAUAGGUCUUCCUUUUGCUUUCCUUGCCUUGAUCUUGUCUCUCGUAGGCCUUGUUGUUUGGGCUAUUGGGAGUUUGUUGAGUUGUGUAUGUCCAUGUUGCAUAUGCUGUGCUGGAAUUGCCAAUCUGUCUGUGAGCCUUGUGAAGAUGCCUAUUAAAGUAAUUAGAUGGUUUAUAGAUUUGAUACCUUGUUGACAAUACAAGACUUUCUCUUCAUUCUUUUAUUCAGUGUUGCAAACUCUUA